GAGCAACCAAUGUCGACGCCAUCGUCAUACCAGAGUAGCGCGUCUUACGAUCCAAACCUUCCACCAGCCCCGCCGCCAAAGCCUAUAUCCUCGGCUGCGGGGUCCCGAACUACUUCGCCUAUGCCCGCGGGAGCUCUUUCUGCGCCCCCACCGCCCCCACCACCUCCGACAGACGACGGUUUCGUCCCGUCUGUGUUGCUGAACAAAUCACGCGAUGACUUAGAACACAUCCUCAACUCCCCGCAAUUACUAGAAGCACUCUUCGCGGCUACCCAUCCUAUGGCGGCGAGUGCUGAUGCGACGCUCAUUGCGAAUUUGCAGCACAACGCGGAGUUAGCUGCUCGACUCGCCGCGCUCGAGUCCAAACUUGUAACGGCCAGGGAGAGCGCAGAAAGGACGCUUGUAGAGACCAGGCAGUUGGAAAGGACUUGGAGGGAUAGGGAGAAGGAGAUGUACCAGGCUUUGCAGCCGUUCUCUUCUCCUGCAUUGUACAGUCGAUUGGUUAAUGCUGUGGGCGAUGCCGAGGCUGUUGCCGAUGCCAUGGCAGAGUCGUUUUUAGAGGAGGGUGGGAGGGAUGUUGGUGAGUUUGUGAGGGAGUAUAGGGCGCUGAGGAAAACGUAUCACUUGAGGAAGGAGAGGAAGGAGAGGUGGGAUGAAGGGCGGGUUGGGGGGUGGAGGUAAAUGGCUCUUGGGAAUGGAAACUGCGAAUUGGUAUUGGGAAAGGGCGUUUGGGCAGGUUUCUGGCAGAUGUAGGAGACUGAAAAUCACCCGGGGAGCGAGAAGUGUAGGAAAUAGUACUUUAUAGAUGAGAGGGAACUUGUAAUGCUACUUUUUGUAUAGUACCCUGGCUAAUUUCAAACAAAUUGGAGAAUCUCCACCCCCCCCCCCGGUCACAAUGAAGGAGACUGGAUAUCCGCACAAAAUUACUCUUCGGAACUCAUCACGAUUAAUCACUCGCACCACCUACUUACCACCCCAAUUCACACCUCACCCUCAGCACAGAAUCCACCAAUUACUCCAACCAAAAUCCCCGCCAAGCCAUACCACACCAAAGAAAUAAGCAUCGAAAACACAACCAACCCACCAUCACCAACCAUCAACUAACCGUUAAAAAAAAAAAAAGAGAUGUCCACAAAAACCGGUUCCUACAAAACCUACCAAUCCCACGCCCGGCACACAGGCUCGAACCCAGCAGCACACAUCCCAGACCCACGCCUGAACCUCCUUCCCCAAGAAAUCCUAAAGGACGCAACAGUCCUCGACAUCGGCUGCAACAACGGCGCCGUAGCCGGACACCUGCUCCUCCGCCACGCGGUGAAGUCCGUAGUCGGCGUGGACGUGGACGAGGAGCUGAUCUCGAAAUCGCGCUCGCACGUCGCCUUCGCCCUCUCCCGGACGCGCCCGGACGGCGGCGAACGGGCAGCAGCAGAUUGGUACCCGGUCAGUUCCGUGCGGAGGCACGGAUGCAGGAUACCCCCCGCCGAGGUCCGCGAGCGGGCCAGGUUCUGGUGCGGCGAUUACGUCACCGCAUCCGGAGGCGCUGUCGCUAGCGGGUACGACGUCGUGCUCGCGCUGAGCGUGGUCAAAUGGGUGCACCUCGCACACGGGGACCCCGGCCUCCGCAGGUUCUUCGAGAGGGUCGCCGGGGACGUCAAGCCCGGGGGGUAUUUCGUGCUCGAGCCGCAGGCGUGGGAGAGCUAUGCUCGGGCCGUCGGGAAGAAUCCGGACUUGCGCGCGGUGUUUGAGGGGAUUAGGGUUCAGCCCGGGGUCGCCAUGGAGGGCUUGAUCGCUGAGUGUGGGUUUCGCAUCGUUGCGAGGUGGGGCAUUGGCGAGGGCGAGGUGGGAUUGAGGAGGGAGGUUUUGCUCUUUCGGAGAUUGGGGGGUGGUUCGGAUGUGUAGAGUAUUAUCAUUAUUUUUGAUCAGCCUUUUUAAUUACUUACUCGUCCCAAUACCAAUAUCAAUACCAAGACAAACCAUGCUAUCAUAAAAUAA